AUGAAUUUUUUGAGUUCUAAAUUAGUUUUUAGAUCGUUUUCUUCUAUAAUGACAAAAACUGCUCUAAUUAUCGGAUCUGAUGGAUCUGAAGAUAUUGAAUUAAUUGUGACUAGUGAUGUUUUGCGUAGAGCUGGAAUUGAUGUGACUAUUGCUGGUUUACAAGACGAGAAACACAUCACUCUAGCUCGUAAAGCAAUACUUCAAGUUGAUGCUUUAUUUAAGGAUAUAGCAGAAAAGGAAUUUGAUGCUGAUGAACGUGUUGGCAAACUUCUUCAACGUCACGAAAAAGAAGGUAAAAUUGUUGCUGCAAUUUGUGCUGCCCCGAUAGCUUUAGUCAGUCAUGGAAUUGCCAAAAAAGAAGGAGGGGGGACUUUAACUUCAUAUCCGGCAGUUAAAGAAAAAAUAAUUGCUGGAGGUUAUAAUUAUUCUGAGGACAAAGUUUGUGUUUGGAAAAAUGUUGUUACAAGCCGUGGACCUGGAACUGCUUUUCUUUUUAGUCUAAAAUUGGUUGAAAUGUUGACUGAUUUGGAGAAGUCUGAAACUGUAAAGAAGGCUUUGCUUUAUGAUAUUUGA